AUGGCCGGCCCUAGCAAAUCUCUGGUCCUUGACCCGGCUCUCCAGAAAUACUACGAACUCAAUGCCAACCGUUACAAGUACUUCCGCUGGACUCCUCGCCAUGCCUGGCUGUCAUUUGUCUACAUGGGCCUGAUUCCAGGUGUCCUCACAUACUUGACCUUGAAGACCGAGGGCAAGUAUGAGCUUCGGGGCAAGCGGAGAGGUGAUACCAUCGCAGAGUGGUAA